AUGGAUACACUAGAAGUCGAUCCUGCUCCUCCUCCAUACAAUGUCGGCACGACGACGGCAACUACAACGACAACGAGAGGUUGCAAUAAUGGAGCUAGGGAAAGCUGUAAUUGUGUUUCGGCUUCUGAACUCGAAAUGGCAUUGGAACAGUUUCGCUACUACAAGCGCGCAUUGGGCAUCACGUCCUUCAUAAUGUUAAUGUACUUGUUGGAACUUGCUGUAAUCGGAUACAAUUGCAAAUGCCCUCCUGAUCAUCUCUUCGGCUUUUUCAUUGCUGGAUGCAUGUGCUUACUGGCCUUGUUGGGUUGUCUCAGGCAGAAAACAUGGAUGUUGUUGCCAAUGUUCUGGCUUCAUGUUACCUCCUUCGUCAUUUUCUCUGUCGCUUUCGUGCUCAUCAUAUUCUGUAUGUUCAACACUGCCUACUGGGACAAAGCGUUGGACAAAUUGCCUCUUCUUCAGCAAGUGACAAACGAUCUGCUCUCAGGUUUUAGUAAGCGAGAGGCUUUGCUCGUCUUCAUGGUAUCCUCGUUGUUGUGCAUAUUGAUCUCUGGUUCGAUGACCAUCAAUAUGUGGACGUUGCAAGAUAGGAUGCCUAAGUAUUGUUCUGACCUUCACAGGAUUGCUCUCUCAAUGUUUGGCAGCAAAACGGAUCUGAAGAAUCCGGCGCUAGUGAAACACAUGCGAAUGCAUGUACUUGCUCGUUCUAGGAAGAUGUCACGAGCAAUUGUAGUCUAA